GAACAAACGAAACGUGCUAGCUAAGCGAAAAUGCGCGGUUCGUCCAGCCUGCAGCGACUAAUGUUUGCAAAUCAUUGAAUGUGUUGGCGGAGUGGUUUGAAUCGAUAUGGACGAUCCACAAAGGAAUGGCUUCGAGGAUGCCCUGAUCCGGGAAUACUCCAGUGAAACGCUCUGUAGAUUAUGCUUCUCGCAGAUCCACGAGCUUCAUCGCAUAUUUCCACCGAAUGGACAUCCGAAUAAGCUGCUGGUGCGAAAAAUUCAAUAUUGUACUGACAUCGAUGUAUCUUUUGCAAAGGAUAGCAACGCGUGCAUUUGCACAAAAUGUAUUGCUCUUUUGGAAGAAUUUUUCCGUUUCAAACAAUUGUGCAAUGCAAACGAACAGUGGCUCAAAGUAGACGGCAAUGGCAACCACGUGGCAUCGGGAGGUAAAUCUCCAGUUAUUGGUGAUCUUACUUCCCACAAUCCUUUACAGGAUAGUUUUAACAGUAGCUGCUCGAUGAUUACUAUUGGUACCGAUGAUGGAAACAGUGACGGUCUUCCUAACAGUGAUACCCUACAGACCUCCAUUGAUGAAACUUUUAUUAAAUUAGAGGACUCAGCUGAAGAAACAAGCAUUUCCAACAAUGACACUAACCUGGUUACAAGUAGUGUUCAUUGCGUGCGAGCUAGGAGACCCACUACGAGAAUAGUUCAAAAUGUCUCGGAAAACUCCAUGAUCACGAUUCCCUUCAAAUCCGAAAGUGACUUGGAUGAUGAAGCAUCAAUAUCCGAAUCCAGUGUUUGCCGUGAGUUUACUCCGGUUGCCAAGCACGUCAAAGAAGAUGCUAGUGAAUCCCAAGGAUACAGUUUGGUGCGUGGUUCUAAAACUCGUAGUAACCGGCUUUAUCUGGUUUACCAAACCUAUCGUUAUAGUAACCGCAGUAAUGAUGGAAAGAUAUGGCAUUGCACUCAUCGGGCGCCAGUCUGUUGCAGAGCAAUGGUAAUGCUCGAGAAGAAUCGUGUCAUUGAAUUGAACAAUCACCACCAUAACCAUGCACCACCAAUGAUGCGUGGGAGGAAAAAAUCCAACAUUGAGACUCCCAGCCCUAAAGAGAAAAACAAUGUGAAAAUAUCGCUGGUUUUAAAGAAAGAAAAAGAAUCUCGACGUCUACCGCGUACCAGAUCUACCCACGAAGACGCAAAGCAAAAUGAAGCUAACAAGUGGUUCAUCAAAGCGAACCGAAAAACCGUUGACGGAUACACCUACACUUUCUGUGGGUUGAGAAAGGAUGGCAUCAUUCGCCUGAAGUGUAUCUCCAAGGGCUGCCCCGGUCGGGUAUACAUGUACAGCAAUGGCGAUCUAUUUAGGGCAAACAAGGAGCAUAACCAUGCGGCGCAUGUUGUUUGAAACAUAAAUACUGGGCUCCAGGUGAAACUUAUUUUACUAUGCUGCUAUGUGGUUUCAUUGAAAACUUUGGAUUGCUAAUAUUUUGAAUUCAAAUUUUGCAACACAUUCUUCAUAAUUUUCAUAUAUAUUUACUGUUCAUAAUUUUCCAUACUUAGAAAUUGUAUUCUUGUUCAAAAUUUAUUUCACGUACUGACUUAUUUUUUUAUUUGUAUUGUUUGUUAGUAAAAAAAGAAAUGUAUGUAUAGAACAAUUUUUCCAGUUUCAAUCCCAUUCAAUAGCUGAAUAGCUUCGUUUGUGUAGUGUUCUCUUUUGAAAUUGUAAUAAGCAAUUAUAAAUUGAAAACAAGUAAAUAAAAAAUUGAUUUAACGCUA